AUAUAUCAAUAAUCCCAUUACUUUGAGUCCCUCUCCUAAGACUAUGACACGCGCUUUGCGCCGCUCCUGCCGUAAUGUGUGUUCACGCGGUUCAGGUUUAGUAUAGUUUAGUAAGCCACCGUCGAUGGAUGAGGCAGCAUCAUUCAGUAUUACUUUCGAUCGCGCUGUACGCGAGUGCCACGUAUAUAUUCAUCAUAACUGCAGUCAUGUCAUUGAGCAAUGAAGACGCCACGCCACCGCCAAAUAAAAAGAUGAUGACCUGUGCAAACGUAUCAGAACAGGCGCAUCAUGUAUCCAGAGCAAAACGGGGGCAAGCAAUUGGCAAUAUUCGAGGCUUUCGAGGUUGCACAGUAUGGCUAACUGGACUCUCAGGUGCUGGCAAGACUUCCAUCUCGUUCCAGGUAGAGGCUAUCUUAGUGAACCACGGUAUUCCAGCUUACGGUCUAGACGGCGAUAAUGUCAGAAGUGGUCUGAACUGCAACCUGACCUUCAGCAAACAAGAUAGAAAGGAAAAUAUUAGAAGAGUAGCUGAAGUAGCUAAACUCUUCGCCGAUAGCGGACAAAUUUGUCUCUGCAGUUUCGUCUCGCCUUUCGAGGAAGAUAGACAGAUGGCAAGGCAAAUUCAUAGAGAAGCUGACUUGCCCUUCUUCGAAGUGUUCGUAGAUACACCCUUGCAGGUUUGUGAAGCUCGUGACACCAAGGGUCUUUAUAAAAAAGCCCGACAAGGCACCAUUAAAGGCUUUACUGGCAUUGAUCAAAUGUACGAGAGGCCUACAAAAUCUGAUUUAGUUGUUAAAACCGAGGAUUGCACUCCUGAAGAAUCUGCUGCGACUGUAAUUGAAUUUUUAGAGAAACAUCGUAUUAUUCCGCAUAUUGAAAAACCUUCAAAUCCAAUCAGAGAACUGUUUGUGCCAGAUUCGAAACUGGCUUCCACGAAAAUGGAAGCAGAAACUCUGCAAUGUGUGGAGAUCAGUGAACUUGAUGUGCAAUGGUUGCAGAUUUUGGCAGAAGGAUGGGCGUCGCCAUUAACCGGCUUUAUGAGGGAACAUCAGUAUCUUCAGGCUCAACAUUUGCGAUGUUUGCUCGAAGGCAGCAAAGAAGUGAACCAAUCAAUACCAAUUGUUCUCGCGAUAAACACAACUGAUAAGAAUCGCUUGGAGAGUUCUUUUGCUGUAACCUUGAGACAUAAAGGCAAAAUUUUGGCAAUUCUACGAAGACCAGAAUUUUAUUUUCAUCGAAAAGAGGAGCGUUGCAGCUGGCAGUUUGGCACCAACAACUUGGGCCAUCCAUAUAUCAGGAUGAUUCAUGAUUCUGGCGAUUGGCUGAUGGGCGGCGAUCUCGAAGUGCUAGAGAGAAUUAGGUGGCACGACGGACUCGACAAAUAUAGGUUAACACCGAACGAGAUUCGCGCCAAGUGUCGAAUGAUGAAAGCCGAUGCCGUGUUUGCAUUUCAAUUAAGAAAUCCCAUUCAUAAUGGACAUGUGUUGCUUAUGCAGGACACGAGAAGACGGUUGCUGGAGGAGCGAGGUUUCAAAAAUCCAGUGCUCUUACUUCACCCACUAGGUGGUUGGACAAAAGAUGAUGACGUGCCUUUAUAUACCAGGAUUCUACAACAUAAGGCAAUUUUGGAUGAAGGUGUGCUAGAUGCUGAUUCCACACUGCUAGCUAUCUUUCCCAGCCCAAUGAUGUAUGCUGGACCAAUUGAGGUGCAGUGGCAUGCAAAGGCGAGGAUGAAUGCUGGCGCCAACUUCUAUAUUGUAGGCAGAGAUCCUGCGGGUAUACCGCAUCCCAAUAAAGAUGCUACGCCUGAUGGCAACUUGUACGAUCCUAAUCAUGGCGCAAGGGUUCUCUCUGUGGCCCGAGGUCUUCAUAAUCUCGAAAUAAUCCCCUUCAAGGUAGCCGCCUAUGACAUGCAAAAUGGCAGAAUGGCAUUCUACGAGCCAGAACGAAAGCAAGACUUUGAAUUUAUUUCAGGAACAAAAAUGCGAGGUGAGAUGCAAGGAUUAGCGAAGAUAGGUCAAAAUCCUCCCAAUGGUUUUAUGGCACCUAAAGCAUGGCAAGUGCUUGUGCAAUACUACCAAAGUCUAGACAAAAAAUAAACUUGGACUUGCUAAUAGGUAACAAGAGUUUGAUUUUCAGACAAUUUUAGAAUGAAUUUUUAUGAUACCUUACUUAAAGUGCAUUUAUCAUAACAUUCAACAUCAAACAUUUUUUAAAUAGCAUAAUUCUUUCAUCAAAGUUUUGAUAAUGAAAAAUUGAUUCAAAGUUGGCUUUUGAAAAUAAUAAUUUGCAGGUCAAAAGAAGUACGGUUUAUCAUUUCUUGGACAAUAUUGUAUAUUAAAUUUGCAUUUAUUGAAGCUAGAAAACAUGAAAAAGAACAAUGCAAAUAUUUUCUUAUGUUAAGUAUCCCUAAAUGUUUCUCAAGUUUAUCCCUUGAAAAAUUGUAAUUACUCACUAUAUCACAUUAUUGUACAUUUAUGGCAACAUUGCAUUACUAUAUAUAUAAAAUAUUUCUGCAGUAUUUUUGCAAUCUUUCUAUACUAUAUGAAAGAUUCUUAUAUCCUUUCUGGAUGCAUCAUCUGGUAUAUUCACUAUGAUUUUAUUUUAUGUGUAAAAUAUAGUUUUAUUUUGUACAAAUAAAAA